CUCACACGCAUACACACACGAACGCAGGCAGGUUUGGUGGCGGCCGGUGAUUCUCUGCUUCAUUUCUUAACACACCAGCUCUGGGUCCAAACUCAGGAGGGGUGUUUUAAGAAAUUGAACAACAUCUCAGGAAGAGUGCCAGACAGCAUACAAUUAUCAAAGCCGGAUGCCUAUGGUACACAGCUGCUGCAGCAUCAAGUUAACGGAUGCUAACACAUUUAAUCAUUAAGACAUUUCACAUUGAAUGGGAAAAUCGGAAAGCCAGAUGGACAUCAUGGAGAAAUCAGCCAAACCCGGGAAACAUCGCUUGAGUGUUGCCGAGAUCGGGUUGUCUGUGCUGCUGCUGUUAGUGAGCUGUGCGCUGGUGGGUCUCAUUGUCCUUUACACGGCCGCAGUGCGAGAAAGGUCAGACAGAACUGGUGUAUCCAAGGGUAGGGUCACUGAAGGGCUAAUGUACCGUUCCAGUGUCAACAGCAUAUGCACCACUUCAGACUGUGUCACAGCAGCGGCCAGGCUGCUCCAGAACAUGGACCCGCGCACAGAGCCGUGUCAGAACUUCUACCAGUACGCCUGCGGCGGGUGGCAGGAGAGGCAUGUGAUCCCCGAGACCAGUUCCCACCACAGCGUUUUCGACAUCCUUCGCGGGGACCUGGAGAUUGUGCUCAAGGGAGUGCUGGAAACACAGCAUGAGCAAGACCGGGAGGCCUUCAGGAAAGUCAAGCUGCUAUACAGCUCAUGCAUGAAUGAGAGUCUCAUUGAGCAACGCGACUCCCAGCCUUUGCUGAAGCUCAUCGAGAGCAUUGGAGACUGGCCAGUGGCCUCAGACGACUGGAACAGCACAGCAGAAGAUUCCUGGAGCCUGGAAGACACUCUUGCCACCCUUAUAACCCGGUUUCACAAAAAGGCUCUGUUGGACAUGUUUGUGUGGACGGACGACCAGGACUCCAGUCGUCACAUCUUACACAUUGAUCAGCCUGGACUGGGGAUGCCCUCCAGAGACUAUUACUUCAAUGAUGGAAACUACAAAAGGGUGAGAGAGGCCUAUCAGCAGUUCAUGGUUACCAUGGCGAGGAUUGCCCGUGAGGACAGGAACCUGACCCAGGACGACGAGCGUGUGUGGGAGGAGAUGAUGCAGGUCAUGGAGCUGGAGAGAGACAUUGCCAAUGCUACUACGCCACCUGAGGAACGUCAUGAUAUCACAGUUUUAUACAAUAAGAUGACCCUCAGCGAGCUGCAGGAGAACUUCAGCCUCAAUGGCUUCAACUGGACGCGCUUUAUUCAAGGCGUCAUGUCCAGUGUGUCCAUAACAGUGCACCCGGAAGAAGAGGUAGUAGUCUACGGAGUCCCGUACUUGGAGAGGUUGAAUGAUGUCCUCUCUAAACAUGAUCGCAGGACUCUGCAGAAUUUUCUCACCUGGCACUUAGUCAUUGAGAGAGUUGGCGGUCUGAGCCGACGCUUCAAAGACGCUCGAGCACAUUAUAGAAAGGUGUUGUUUGGGACCACAGUGGAAGAGGCUCGCUGGCGCGACUGUGUGCGGUACGUCCAGGGAAGCAUGGUGAACGCUGUGGGUGCCCUCUAUGUCCAGGAGGCCUUCGCAGGAGACAGCAAGCGCAUGGUCAGUGACCUCAUCCGAAUGAUGCAGGCUGCGUAUAUGGACACCCUGGAGGAGUUGAACUGGAUGGAUGUCGCAUCAAAGGAAAAGGCUAGAGAGAAGGUGUUGGCAAUCAAGGAACAGAUUGGCUACCCUGACCACAUCCUGGAAGAAAACAACCAGAAAUUGGAUGAGGAGUAUGCCCAUCUGAACUUCAGUGAAAACUACUUUGAGAACAUUCUGCAAAACCUGCAAGCCGGGUCGAAGAAGAGUUUAAAGAAGCUCAGGGAGCCAGUGGACCCAAACAUGUGGAUCAUUGGCGCAGCUGAAGUGAAUGCGUUCUACUCUCCAAACAGAAACCAAAUAGUUUUUCCUGCUGGAAUUCUGCAACCCCCGUUCUUCAGUAAAAAUCAGCUCCAGGCUCUCAACUUUGGUGGAAUUGGAAUGGUGAUCGGGCAUGAAAUUAUUCACGGGUUUGAUGACCAUGGUCGUAACUUUGACAAGGAUGGGAACAUGUAUAACUGGUGGAGUAACUACUCAGCAGAGCACUUUAAGGAGCAGUCUCAGUGCAUGGUGCACCAAUACGGAAACUUCAACUGGAAGUUGGCUGGUGGACAAAACGUUAGUGGCAUAAGUACCCUUGGGGAGAACAUUGCCGACAAUGGAGGAAUUCGUCAAGCGUAUAAGGCGUACCUUAAAUGGGUUGAGAGAGAAGGUGAGGAGCCUCGACUGCCUGGUCUCGACCUGGACCACAAACAGCUCUUCUUUCUCAACUUUGCUCAGGUGUGGUGUGGUGCCUAUAGGCCUGAAUUUGCCAGCCAGUCGAUCAAGACAGAUUCUCACAGCCCUUUGGAGUACAGGGUUCUGGGGUCCCUGCAGAAUUUCGAGGCCUUCUCCGAGGCAUUCCAGUGCAAAACAGGUGCCCCCAUGAACCCAGAGGUGAAAUGCAGAGUGUGGUAGCCAGCGUAUGGCCCCCUUCUCUUCCUCCUCUGCGGAUGGAUUGACUUUGUGAUUCGGGCAGCAGCUACUGUAGGUGCCUAAAUGUAAUUUUGAGUCACAACCAUACAAUAGUGGUACACUGCCUUAUAUUUCACCUGAUCCCGUGACAUGGUGAAUAUAGAUACCUACCUUGAUAUGUGUAGUGUACACAAAAUCGUAUACACGUGCAAUGUAUGGAAGCUCUGAGACUGCCCUUAUGUGCAGAGGUCUAGCUUUCACUCUACAAUGAAAUACGUGGGGGCAUGAGGAAAGAAACUUGCUUUUGCGUGUGUACAGCUACUUAAAAUGUAGCUAUUAGUCUAUCGUUGGAUCUGUUUUUCCUGUACUUGUUGCUAAGUGACUGUUGCAUAUAUGCAUAUAUAUAUAUAUAUAUAUAUAUACGCUCUAAAAAUAUGUUUGGACCGACCAUCUUGUAUGAUGACGUGAUGAAAAUGUCGGGAUCUGUGCACGUUUUUCAUCAUAUAGAGCAAACUAUGAACGUGUUUGACAGCAUCAUGUGCUCAUGUGCCAUUAUUUGAGGUUUGCGUAAUUUAGCUUUUUUAAAUUGAGAUCCACAAUAUA